AUGAUUCAUCGUGGCCUCUUGAUAACAGUAGCCUUCGUGGCGACGGUGUAUGUGGCGGUGGCUGACAGUGGAUAUGGUGGACGCGGAGGCGGAAGAGGAAACGGAGGUGGAUUCGGUGGAGGAAACGGAGGUGGAUUCGGAGGUGGAUUCGGUGGAGGAAACGGAGGUGGAAAUGGUGGUGCCGGAGGCUAUGGCGCUAAUGGCGGAGGCGGAGUGGGAGGAGGCAGCGUGGCUCCUGGAAUCCUCCUCGGAAGCGGAAGCCUCCCAAGUGCCGGUGGCUCAGGAGGUGCUGGCGGUUUCGGUGCGGGUAGUGGCGGUUUUGGCGGUGGAAAUAGCGGUUUUGGCGGAGGAAAUGGCGGAUUUGGUGGUGUGAGUGGCGGUUUCGGCGCAGGUAAUGGCGGUUUUGGCGGUGGAAAUGGAGGUUUUGGCGGUGGAGCUGUUGGCGUGAGUGGCGGUUUUGGCGGUGGCAAUGGUGGCAGCACUGGUGGCAGUUAUGGAAAGAAAUAA